AUGUCGAAAUCUAUUGAGCCAACCACUUACAAGAAUGGCUUUAAGCAGCCAUCCGAAGGCGAGCCUUGGCUAUACCCACAGCCAGGAAAGGAAACGCCACCCAAGCCGCACUAUGUUACACCACAGUCCGUUGACAUUGCGACUGCGCCAGUCAAUAAUUCCCUUGGAGACAGCAAGCUGCGAUCGUGGCCGACUAUCUUCAAUGGCACAAACAGUCCUGAUGGAAUCCCGGAUUGGUGGAAUCCGUCUUCGGAUGUAGACGUUCUGAUCAUCGGUGCUGGACCCACCGGUCUUGAAACUGCCUUGAGUCUGAUUCGACAAAAUGUGAGCUUUCGCAUUCUUGACCAGGGAGAGAUGCCUCUGCCGACGGGCCGGGCGGAUGCAGUCUUGCCACGAUACGUCGAGACACUCAACGCAUGGGGCAUCUCAACCGACGUUAGCGAGGAGGGUCCCAUCAUCGAGCGGACAGCUGUCUAUCGAGACGGCAAGGUGCUCUUUCACGGACGAACUCAUCAGUCAGACUCACGGUUCCGAGGCUUGCACGUUAUCACGCAGGGUCAGCUGGAGCGUAUCUUUGUGCGCGACUUGCUCCGCCAUCAGAUUCUAGUGGAGCGCUGCACCACAUUGAAGGAAUUCGAGAUCUCCGAAGCGGAAAAUCCAGAACGCCCCAUCAAGGCGGUCAUUCGUAAUAACAAGACCGGACGGGAGGAGAGCAUUCGCGCCAAAUUCAUGGUCGGCAGCGACGGCGCGUCUAGCAUGAUCCGCAAAAAACUCGAGAUCCCCUUCAACGGCGUGAGUACCGAUCUAUACUGGGGUAUCAUGGAUGGGAAAUAUGAGUCGGAUUACCCCCAUGCCUGGAUAUUUGGCUGUGUCCUCAGCACCGAGCAUGGGUGCUGUAUCAUCAUUCCUCGCGAAGAUGGGCACAUUCGACUGUAUACACAGCUCAACAUGUCUCUGAUCGAGCGCGCUCGCCAGGCAAGGCAAGAACGAGACCCGGGCUUCCAGGAAGCUGGUGGACGAGUUGAUGUCCACUCCAUUACCCCAGAGGAAGUCUUGGAGCAAUCGAACCGGAUCUUUGCCCCUUACACGGUGAAGUUCGCCUCGCCAUUGACCUGGUACGCUAUCUGGAAGGUUAGCGAACGAGUUGCCGAAUCUUUCUCCUCCGAAGACCUGAGAGUGCACUUGGCAGGCGACGCUGCACAUGUUCACAGCGUUUUCGGUGCCUUCGGCCUCAAUGCAUCAAUUCUGGACGCUGCCAAUUUAGGUUGGAAGCUGGGAUAUUGCGCUCGUGGUCUGUCUCCAAUUGAAACUUUGAUGCCAACAUAUGAUAUGGAGCGUAGGCUGCAUGCCUCGAAUGUGGUGUAUCUCUCGGGCAAGUAUCUUCGAUACUGCUGCAAUUCCGACAUCCCAGUGCCGCACACCCAUGAAAUGGGUAAGGAUCUCGGUGCCAAAGCAAUCAAACACGCCGUUCGAGGUGAGCCGUAUGGGUUCGCCAAGCCCGGAGAAACCCUUCCAGAGCAUCUCUACCUCGCCGACUACUUUCACAAGUACGGCGCAUUCAUGCUGGGUCUUGAUGUUGCAUACGGCAAGUCAAUGCUAUUCCCCGCGCAAGAUGAAGAUUCCGCGCCGGUGGUUGUCGACAAUGGCGUUCGCGCACCCAAUCCACGAGUCAGUCUCAGCUCGGGAACUACUGGGUAUCUCUUUGAUGUGAUGAAAGGUGCGGGCUAUUUCCAUCUUGUGGUCUUUGCUUCGUCAAUCGAGGGACAGGCGAAGUACAACGUUCAGAAAUUUUCUGAAUCUUUGCGUGAUCCGACGGGCUUCUAUUUGCGUUAUGGAGCCCGGGAGGUGUUCAACGUCGUCUUGGUGGCGAAGCGACUGCCUUUUGAGAUCGAUGGCAUCUUGGCAGAGCCAGAGCUUCAGGGGCUUAGAGAGGCGGCAACCAUUGUGUUUGACGAUCAGGCGCCGGAUGAGGACGGCCAUACAAUGUGGGGGGUUGAUCACGGUACCGCUGCGGUGAUUGUUGUCCGUCCCGAUCUGUGGGUUGGACGAAGCGUAAGACCCGACCAGGUCGAUGAGCUGGAUAAGUAUUUCUCUGGGUUCAUGAUCCCACAGGUAACAAAACAAGUCAAUGGAGAUGGGCCCAAUGGAAAAUCUCAGACAUCCUAG